AUGGCAUCAAAUAGCCAGUGCAAAACAGUGCUCAUUACAGGAUGUUCAAGUGGAAUCGGUGAAGCAUUAGCGAGAGAGUUCCAAGCCCAAGGUUACCAUGUUAUCGCCACGGCUCGCAAAAUAGAAGCCAUAUCACAUCUUCGGAAGGCAGGGAUGACUACAUUAUCUCUUGAUGUCACCAAACCAGAGAGUGUCACGGCAAUUAAGACAGAAGUGGAAAAACUCAGUGAUGGUAAGCUGGACGUUUUGGUCAAUAAUGCGGGAAUUCUUACCCGUGGAGCAUUAGCCGAUGUCUCACGCGAGCAUAUCUACGCUAUAUUUAACACGAAUGUCUUUGGCCUCAUGGCUAUGGUAUCGAGUCUCCUACCGCUUCUCAUUGCGGCCAAAGGCACGAUUGUCAAUAUUUCGUCGGCGUCAUCUGUAACACCAUUUCCUUUCAAAGGUCCCUAUGCAAUGACCAAGGCAGCACUGAACUCAUAUGGUCGUACUCUCGCAAUAGAGCUUUCGCCUUUCGACGUGCGAGUCUUGACAUGCCCAACCGGCUAUAUAGAGAGCAAACUAGAAGCCAACGGGACAGAUCAAGUACCUGAAAACAGUUUGUACAAAGCUAUGGCUGGGAAGAUGGAGCUGGGGGUUCCGCAAAAACAGAUGAAAGGUGUAGAAUAUGCAAAGCUGGUGGUAAACGAAGUGGAAAAAGGCCGAGGCUGGGGUUUGGGUCCUUGGAGAUUUGGAGCAAUGAGAGAAUGGCUUUGGGUGGGAACAGGAGCAUCCAAGGGCUAUUGGGCAAGUAUGAUGGGAGAAAGUUUUCUACAACGGGGGUUUAAAGAUAUAAUUGGCUGGAAUGAGAUUACUAGGGUUGUAAGAAAGGACAACAGCUUGGAGUGA